CUUAGGGCCCUUCCAAGGAAAUACAACAAAUCUUCCCUCUCUCUCUCCAUUUCUUUCCUUUUCCUUUCAUUUCCUCUCUCCCUCUAGAGUCAAGGGGAAAAAAAAAAAAGAAAGAUAAAAAUUGCGGUCUCCCUCUAGAGCGCUGGCAGUCUGGUCUAGUGGUAGACCGGUAGUAGUUCCAAAUGCCGACAUCUUCUAGAAGGUCCAGCGGGCCGGUGUUGCCUAUAGCGUUGGCGUUUCAGCGCUCCGUGUCUCCGUCUGGCCGGUUUUAUUCCCCGCCCACCGCCUCCGACAUGUCAUCCUUUUCUUCAUCCACCUCGUCCAGCUUUUGCUCCUCCACUUCAUCCAGCUUCUUCCACCGAUCGGCGUCUCCCACGCGCGUUAACCUCCACGGACUGGCUCCGAUUUCUCCGACGCCGUCGGUACGGAUGUCCAUCGACAGAUCCAUCUCGCCUCGCCGGUCCGUGGCGAUGUCGUCACCUCGGGACCACCACCACCACCAGGUGGUUCGCAAGCAGAGCAGCUGCAAGAGAACCUGCUUGUGUUCUCCCACCAGCCACCCAGGUUCCUUCAGGUGUAGUUUGCACAAGAACUUAAACAAGGCGCCGCCGCCGCAGCAGCAGUCGCCGUCCUACUCGUUGAAGAAUCUGACCAUUCAGAGAUCGGCGAUGAAGAAUUCGCUCGUCCGGAUCGGGACAGUUGAAGGCGAUUUGGUAAAGCGAGCUUUAGCGGCUCUGAUUAGGCCUUCGUCGCAUCAGAUUCGCCGCCGCAGCGAUUUCCAGAGAAGGCCGAGCCGGCUCUCAGCCAUGUCCAAAGCCGGAGAUCCGUAGACACAGGUUGGUCUGACAAUUUUUGAUAUUAUCCGAUAAUUUUUGUCUGCCAGCGUUUUCCGGCGAAGAUGUCGGUGCCGAUCAAGAUAGACGAGAAACCGGCGGUCGUUUUCUGUACUCCGGCGAUUCGAAGUACCAAAGGAAACAGAUAGUAGCAGAGUUUUGAAACAGGGAGGGGACCCCAAGUGAAAGUGAAAUCUAUCACUUCCUUGUACAUAGUGAAUUGCUUGGAGCUCUAUGAUUGCUAGUAUUGCAAUUGUUUGGAGGACAUUUUCGGACAAAACAUUGAACACAUUACAUUGAAUUGGCCAA